GUGACUCCUCUUGCUCUUCUCCUCCUCCUCCUGCUCCUCCUCCUCCACAUCCUCCUGCGUACCGCUCUCUGUAGGAGGCGGCGCUGCGUUGAAAUCAGGGCGUAUCCUCCGUUGGGGAAUCAGGAAGUACGCUCACGUUAGUAGGAAACCCCUCCUGUUGCUAAGUUUACUUUAGUUUACUGACCACAGCUUGCUGGUGACCGGCCCCUUGUCCAUCUGCUGCCCGCCUCAAGCAUCACCUCCGCCCGCUUCCCGGCUCCCGGCUCCCCGCUGUCCUGCCCUUCAAUGGCUCAUCCAACCGCCGCCACACCGGAUCAAACCAUAGCGAGUGGAGACGGUGGAGGAGGAGGGGGCGGCAAACCAGACUACAUCGCCUUCGUCCUGGUGCCCGUGUUCUUCCUCCUGGGCCUGUUGGGGGUAGUGAUCUGCCACGUGCUGAAGAGGAAAGGCUACCGCUGCACCACCGAGGCCCCGGAGGACGACGACGUCUUUGAGGAAAAGGAUCCGGAAAUGGGUGAAGAGAUGAACGACACCCUCAGUGAAAAUAAUGACACAGUCGGACAGAUUGUUCAUUACAUCAUGAAAAACGAAGCAAACUCGGACGCCCUGAAAGCCAUGGUUCGUGAUAACAGUAUUGAUUCUGACGGUCCUCCUCUCACUCCGACCUCCCCCGGCACCCCGACCCCCCCCUUGACUCCCAUCUCACCCGGGGCGCCCCCUGGAGCCGCCAAGCACACCUGCAACCACCUGCACACCAUCGGGGGCCCCGGUGGCCUCAAGAACACCUGCUCGCGCUGCAGCCAGAAGAAGUGGCCGCUGCUCAGGAAGGUGUCGGCGCGCAAGUCGGAGCACCGCCGCAGCCAGCAUGGAGAGGUCACGGUCCUGGCCGUGGGCAGGUUCCGGGUGACAAAGUGUGAAAGAGCAACCAGGGAGAGGCGGACUCUGUUGAUAUCAGACUCCAAUGGGAGUGUCCCCACGUCCCCCACGUCCCCCACAGAGGUGGAGCCCAAGAGCCGGAGGACGUCCGAGUCCCAGCAGGGACAGACAGACAACACGGACACUGAGAAAUGAUAGAAGAAAGAAAGUCCAGCUUUCUCCAGGAACGAGAGAGGCAGCAUCUGGACACUUUAUAUAAAAACCCAAAACGAGAACAUCCAAACAUCCGCUCAGGAGGAACGUGAAGCACCGGAGUCGAACCGAGGAUCGAUCCCUCCAUCGCUCCACAGGGAGAGAGAAACGCCGCUGCCGAUGAAAACGAAGGAGGAAUUUACAAGUAGAAGGGUGGAGAGGUGCGUGUGCUCACGAUGCACUCCAUUUCCUCCGUUUCAAGAAUACCACAGCAGUGCCUUGCUCAAAGGAACCCUGAACCGGGCCUCUCCCAGCAAACUAAUCAACCGAACUGCCUGUGUGUCCGUGAUGCAGUGUGUGUUAUUUGCAUGUUGUCAAGCAGUUCAUUUGUGAAGCGACACGCUCAGGAACCGGGGCGCCGCCCGGCUGAGGUAAAGCAAGUCAUUCCAGGAAGAUCAACCUGAUGCGGAUGAGCCGGGAACAAAAAACACGGGAACGUUAGCAUCAUCGAUAGGUGGAGCGCAACGGUAAUCACAUCCUGUAACAUCGUAAACAUGAAGACGUUGAAGUGUCCCCCCCCCCCCCGUCUUCUGCGUCCUGACCCCGUGGUUCCAUCUUCCAAUCUGACCUUGAAUGAAGAGGAAACUACAUUUUCAUCAGACACUGAACAAUUUCCAUCAACAGGUAGAAGUGACAUUAGCCUCUUUAGCUACUUAAACUGCCAGCUGCUAACUUUGUGCUAGCCAUGUGCUUAACAGUUAGCUUUAGCACAGAAGUCUUGAAAUUACGAUCGGAGCUGUGAACCAAAAUGAAAAACUGUUGUUGAACGAAAUGUCGACCAAAAGAAAAGACACCAAAACGCUUCGUAGAGCUACUUUAUUGACCCCCGUGUUCUUUUACAUGAUCAUGUGACAAGAUGCUAAUAUAGGAAUAUUUUUACAGCUUUAAUUUGUACUAUUAAACAUUUAAUUUUAUUUGUUUGCGUGCUAUGACAAAAACAUAAUUUAUAGAGGUGUAACAUUACAUAGUUUAUUUGUCGGACUUUAAAAACACAUUGCUAGUUAAAGUCGAUGGAAGGAAAAACAACAACAAUUCUAACCAAACAAACCCGAAAGCUUUUAAUUCUUCACUUUUAUCUGAAGUCUUGUUCCUUUUCGGCUCCGCUCUCGUGUUCACGCAGAAUAAAUCCUAAAUCUGUCGAAGCCAAACAAAGCUACUUAUUUUAACUCUAAGCCUGGAUUCAUCGGAUUUUACCGUGAGCUGCCUUUUUUUGUUGUUGUUAUAGGAGUCGUCAUAGUAGGAAGAGGUCACGAGCAGAUUGUGUACAAAUGAGCUAAUCCGUCGCAGAUUAUCUCUCCGUUGUUCUGCCGGGAUGUGAUCCUCCCUUUUCUUCUUCCGAUGGAAAGAGCCUCUCAGUUCUCAGCGUGAGUCUAAUUGCAAUGCGCUGCUGCUCGAUGAGCGUUUACAGUAUCGAGAACCCGUUUGUUGUGGAGAGCGGAAGAAACGUUUUUUAAGUCACUUUCAUGUUGAAUGUUACCUCCAGAAAUACGUGUGGUGUGACUCUAGAUAUGUGUGUGUGUUUGUGUUUGUGUUUGUGUGUGUUUGUGUCUUACAUGUGACCUUGAACUUGACCCUCGGUCCGAAAGGUCACAGUAAUGAGGGUAAGAUCCAAAGAUAGAAAUGGUGGAAAUACUUAAAUGAAUCAAUCAUUCCAAAUUUCAACGAGAAAAUGACGAUCAGAAUGUAACAGUGAGCUCUCGGCCUCAUCAGUUAAGUUGAAUAUUUAUUUUCUUUAUGCUCAACUUCUCUUUUUGUUCAACAAAGAGUGCACAGGAUCCAAAUGUAGUUUUUACUAACGCCUUGAGUUUGAAAAGUCUACCUCUUUUGUCCCUGUGUGGAGAGUAAACUGUGGGAGCAGGAGCAGGAUCAAGUAUUAGAUUUAUCAUAAAGUGUCUCCAGCAAAUUUACACAUAAAAUAUUAGUUGACAAGUCACAAGCCGGGUCUUUCUCCGCCCGGACUGUGUGACGACGCACACGAAACACAAAGCUUUUGAUUGUUUGAGUUUUUUUUUUGUCCCAAUUCUUAAUUAAUUUCAUGGUCCUUUUUUAAAAACCAAGUAAAUCGUUGUGAACCUUAUUAAACGUGUUUGUGAAUGUCAUUUCAUUUUUUUUAAAUUUCAUUGGAAAACAUACGUUUUUGUUUUGGGACUGUUUUUUAUUUUUAUUGUUGUAUAAUGAUAUAAAUAAAGCAAAUAAAGACGA